AGUCACAGCAGCUCGCCAUGGUUCUGCAUGGAUAGAUCAAUACAGGAAAAAACGACAAUGUUGCACUUAAACGCUCGCUAAAUGCCUUUACUCUGAUGGCAUUGGAUUCUGCAGAGGAACAUUUUUGCGAAACUGGGCUGAAACAAAGGAAUGUACUGAGCGGCUGAACGUGUUGUUUGAGCUUCAGUGGAAUGGCAUAUUUGUUGCUCUAUAGCUUUCUUUUAUCCUGCGGUGGAGCGCUAAUAUUCUUCGCGCCUGCUUGCGCCAUUUGCCCCGAGCGAUGCGACUGCCAGCACGCGCAGCAUAUCCUUUGCGCAAACCGCGGUCUGCGCGCGGUGCCCAAAGCGCCGCAGGUGGAGGGACUCGCGGGGGACGUGCGAGUUUUCGGACUCGCAGGAAACUUCAUUCACAACCUCAGCGCGUUUGACUUCAUGUGCUAUGGCAACCUAAUGAGGCUCAAUCUCCAAUUUAACCAAAUAAGGAAUAUACACCCUAAAACAUUCGAGAAACUCUCCAAGCUGGAGGAACUAUAUCUGGGCAACAACUUGAUUUCAACAAUACAACCUGGAACUCUGCAGUCGCUGAAAAGACUCACUAUAUUAUAUAGUAAUAACAACGAAAUGAAUUAUUUUAUUUCCGAAUCGUUUAGCAGUUUAAAUAGUCUAGUCAAACUUAGACUUGAUGGGAAUUCUAUUGAAUUUUUAAACGAGACUGUCUUCAAAGGUCUGACAAAUUUAAUGUUCCUACACUUAGAAUCGAACCGACUUCGCCAUGUUGACCGGAACGCGUUCUCGAGGCUCGAAAAACUGCAGUUUUUAAAUUUAUCAGACAAUAAACAAACAGAGCUGCGUGAUAUUUUUGUGUUUUCCCAUCUGAAGACUCUGGCAACUCUUCUGCUCGCAAGCAACGAAAUAAGGCACGUUGGGGACCACGUAUUUCAGAACCUGAAAAAGCUAACAAAACUAUCGCUAAGUCGUAACAAGAUAUCAAAGAUAGACAGAGAAGCGCUCAAAGGGCUUUCGCGCCUCAAAGACUUCACGAUUGACAGAAACGAGCUAACAGAGAUUCCUGCAGGUCUACUAGACCCUCUCGAGCGUAUUGAACACCUUGACUUCAGUGACAAUCACAUAUCUCGAGUGGACCCCGGGGCUUUCGACCACCUCUCACAUUUGAAAACAUUGAAACUGAAAAACAACCGUCUUACGAAUCUGUCCGGCGGCGUUUUCGCCACUAACGGUGUUCUGUUUCACGUCGACCUGAAUGGAAACAACUGGACGUGCGACUGUCGGAUGGAGAAGCUGAAAAUCUGGAUGACGGAAGCUCAUUCUCAGGGAAAGCUGUUGACCGUUUUUGUGCGCUGCUAUCACCCCCCAGUGUUGGCGGGAACAUAUUUGGACUACGUGAAUAACUCUCAGCUGGGAAAUCUGAGUGGCUAUUGCGAGUCUGAACUUCUAUCUCAGCCAAUGGAGAGUCGUGGAGCAGUAGUGGAGACACCAGUUCUCAAGGAGGAAAGAGAGAAAAGAGGAGAGAAACAUAAAGAAGUAGGGAUUCAAGAGGAGGAGAGGAAGCAAGGGCACGUGACACUCCUAGAAAGAAAGAAGAAGAGGAAACUGGGCAACACAAGGCCACGUGCCACAGCUGGGCAUUCUGGAAAUCUCAAGAAAACAGGGAAUGUCUCCUCAUUGGCUAAUAGUACUGAUUCAUUGGCCUUGACAAGCCACAGCAACCAUAACCAAGAUGUUGUGACCCACUUUCCCAUUGCUUUGGCCCAUCAGGAACAAUUCAACCUGCCCUUACAGGAAAAAGCGAAGCACCAUGACUCAAGAAUUGCAGUAAUCGCAGAUGCUUGUCAAUUCAAUCGCUAUUCCAUCUUGAAUGUUAGUGUGGAAGAUGUCACUUCCAAUACAGCCACAGUUCGCUGGAGCACAACUCCUGACAUUGCACUGAUUCAUGGGAAAGAACUUCGGCUCCGUGUUUUAUUUGACCGUUUUGGGCAUGCUUUCCGUUUCCCACGUUAUGUUUAUACAGAUGGAUCUGACAAGGCAGUGACCCUCCAAGAGCUCCGCCCAGACUCCACCUACAUCACCUGUGUGGAGAGUGUAGUGGGUGGGGCUUUGUGCCAGGUAGCUCCUAGAGAUCACUGCACUGGAUUUGUUACACUUUUGCCUUCAGUGACAAGUGAGGUCAACCUACAGCUCAUCACAGUAGCAGCUCUGGCAGUCAAUGCAGUGCUCCUCCUUCUGUUCGGUGGAGUCUGGCUGGGGCGUGUGUUGAAGAGGAGGAUCAAAAGCAGGAAAUCAUCUGCACAUGCACAUGUGCGUCAAAUGUACUCUACCAGACAUCCGUUUCGUCCAAACAUGGCCACAACCUGUGUCUCCUCUGAAUUCAGUGGUUACAAAAGUGGCAGACAAUUGGCUGAAGAAGGUGACCUCAUCCAGUUCCAUGGUGACCGUUUCUUUAACAACAGCCCUGCAAGAAGGGAUGAUGAUGUCAUAAUGCUUAGAUACUCAGACUAAAUGAGUUGUCUUGUGUAUUUGUGCGUAAAUAACGUACACUUUUUGAUAAAUCUUUUUGGCAACCAAUGACAAACCACUAGAUUAUACCAUUUUACAUUACUUCUUUCUUUCUUUCUUUCUGUUUUGAUAGCAUGUAAGCAUAUGCUGCUGGUUGGCCUAAUUGCUUGGCUUUGUAAGGAAUGUAUUUCUGUCCUUGUAUAGAAUAUAUUACUUAUUUUAAGUAUAUUAUUAUUUUACUCAGAUCCAGAUAUACUGAAAUAUUCAGGUCAUGUAUAUUACUUGAGUUACAGCAC